GUGUUGGUGGUGGUGGUGGUGUUGGUGGUGUUGGUGGUGUUGGUGGUGUUGGUGUUGUUGGUGUUGUUGUUGUUGUUGGUGUUUUCUUUUUUUCCGUCAAGGAUGCCAUGAUCCGGUCUGGCGGAGCUGUGGUGUCUCUUGCGUCAUGUCUCGCUGCCACCAAGUCCCUUUCUUCCUUGCGUGUAGUGUACAUGCGCGGUUCGACGGCCUCAUGCGCAAGGCCGGCGAACUGAGAGUCACGGUGGGAGACAAGAGGCGCAUGCCGGCGCCUAUUGAUACCCGGUAAGACAGAAUUUCCUCGUGCCAGGGAGACCCAAUCAAAGAUGCGUCUUGCUUGGGGGGCCAGGUGGGCGCGUGGUAUGUCAUUGACUGUUUCCUAUGGGUGUGGACCAAUCGAGAUGUGCUCCGAUCCAGGGCGCAUGAGGAGGCAUUCAGCACUCCCAAGGCUCGCGGCAGGCGCACAUGGAAGAACCCAACCGCUGAAAGGCUGCAGCAGCAUCUGUCAGACCCUCUGUUCUGGGUCUACAUCCACAUCUGCGUACGACUCUUUGAGGUCUUCCACCUUCUGCUGUCCUGGGCCGAGGGCUGCAGCUGUCAUCAUGGCUCAUCCUGCCAGUGGGCGGUAAGCGUAUAUGAUGGGAGAUCCAGAUAGGCCCUGACCCCUGCAUACCUGCUUUGUCGGCGUGGUCAGGGUCGUCGUCUUGGUGACUUGGCGCGAGUCUCCUUUCACAGCAACUUGAACAGCGUGUUGGAGAAGGCCGAAAAUGACGAGACCGUAUGGAGACACAUCAGAGAAGCGACCGAUUCCUCGAAUGCGACACUCAGCUUCCAGCAGCUUUGCCAGGAUGUGGCCGCCAUUCACGUCCGGAUCGCCUCGACAACUGCACAGCGGCUGGCGUACUAUUCCGACUGGCCCCGAACGCCCUUCAGGGCAGCUGUCGUCGUGCUCCCCUACAUGCAGAACCCCGAGGAGCGUCAGAAACAGGACACCGGAUUCCGCGAGAGGACGGACCACCACUUUCGCAGACACUUCGAGAAGGAGCAGGCAGAGAUGGUUAAGGAGGCCUACAGCUCCGCCAAGAGGCUGUUCAUGCAGACCAUCGGCGGCAGGCGCCUGUUCAAGGACCAGCUGGGGGAGAGCAGGGCCACAGCAGAACUUCUCGCAUCCUGAGAGGGCAUGGGGCAAGACUCUCCUGGAGUACGCCAAGUCAGACAAGGAGUUGCCGGCUCUGGGAGACUCUGGGAUGCGGCUGUAGAAAGGUGACUGGCCAUCCGAUGGAGUCCGAGCAUGCCGUUCUUCACCGGAUCCACAACAAGCAGGGAGCCGCUGCCUGGCAGGCCUCCCUCGGCUUCACAUCGGGAGUUGCGUAUGAGCCGGCAUGGCAUGCUGCCGCAAGACGCAUUUGUGAAGCACUGGCAUAGGGUGAGACACCAUUUUGUAAUGAAGAUACCGAGAUACUUACACGGUCUUCCUCUGUUCUGUGAUCAUCAGGCGUCUCACUUCGAGCGGGAAGUGCCAGAUGAGCUCCUCUACAACCUGCCAGGAGGCACAGCAGGCAAGACGCGUCAGGCUUCAGCGUGUCUCCCGCCAUCUGCGCAUCCGGCCCCCUCGCUUACCGACCAAUACCACACAAAGGCAUCCAAGCUGCAGAAGAUGCUUCCCACUCUAGUGCCAACAAACCAUGUCCUUGUCACGCCAACCCGUGAGUACUACUACGUGGCGGAGAACGAGCACAUGCGUGUGAUGGCCAUGACCUGUGGGGCGGACGCCGAUCUCAUGGUCCUGCCGCUGCAGAUUGAGUCUGAUGCGGAGGAGGGGGCGAGUGCCGAGGGACUGCUUCAGCUGUGGAUUGCUCCACACUACAACGGCAACCAGACGGUGUGGUUGCAGAAAUUCUCAUUUCCCAGCGAGGCCGAAGAUGUCCUCAACUCAUAUCUGCUACUCGACGCCAGCGCCGAUCCGAGCUUCGGCCGAUUUCUCCUUUCAAUCGACCUCAACACGGUUGAGGGAAUCAUGGAGAGGGCGAUAAAGGAGGUGGCGGGAGGACCUCGUGAUGCAGACACGGGGCGCCUGCAGCACCCCCCCACGAAGGAGCACCUCCAGCUGUUCCUGAGAUACCAG